AUGUCAUCCGAAUCUGCGUCUUGGAUCACCUCCCUCUCAUGUACAUCCCCGGUGAAGCAAAUUUCAGGGGAUACAUUUAUCUCAACUCUACCUCAAUGGCUGAGGUUUAUUUUUCUCUCUCCCUGUCCUCAGAGAGCUCUGUUGUCUACUGUUGAUGUCCUACUAUUGCUCAUUUUCUUUGUGUUUGCUGUCACCAAGCUCUUUAAAAGGUUCACCACCAAUGGAGGCUCCCACAAUGACCUCAACAAGCCGCUUAUCAGAAAUAACAGGUCUUCUUACUUGACAACUAUUUGGUUUAAGUUAACUUUGACUGCAACGGUUGUUUUGGCCAUUUUGUACACGGUUGCUUCCAUUCUGGUAUUUAGCAGUUGCCCCAAGAUGCCAUGGAUGCAAGUUGAUGGAGUGUUUUGGUUAGUCCAGGCCAUAACUCAUGCAAUACUUGCAAUCUUAAUCAUCCACGAGAAAAGAUUUGAAGCUGUUGCACACCCACUAUGGCUUCGAGUUUAUUGGAUUGCAAAUUUCAUUUUCAUUUCAUUCUUCACAGCGUCUGGAGUUAUUCGUUUGGUCUAUGUGGAUGUGGACGAAACCAAAGAUUUCAUCUUUAAGGUGGAUGACGUGGUCUCUUUCAUUUCAUUUCCUUUGUCUCUAUUUCUUCUUUUUGUUGCGGUUAAAGGAUCCACUGGCAUUUUGUCGGCAGCAAAAACAGAACCACUUAUUGAUGAGGAAACGAAGCUAUAUGAUGAUGCUCUGAGUAAAUCUGAGGUUACUGGCUUUGCUUCAGCUUCUAUAGUUUCCAAGGCAUUUUGGAUUUGGAUAAAUCCUUUAUUGAAUAAAGGGUACAAGUCGCCGUUGAAGAUUGAUGAGAUUCCAACACUUUCCCCUGAGCAUAGAGCUGAGAGGAUGUUAUCUCUCUUUGAAUCUAAAUGGCCCAAAUCAAACGAGAGUUCGAAGCAUCCAGUUCGAAUCACUUUGCUUCGAUGCUUCUGGAAGGAGUUAGCCUUCAUUGCAUUCCUUUCCAUUGUUAGACUCUCUGUCAUGUUUGUAGGACCGAUUCUCAUACAAAGUUUUAUUGAUUUCACUUCAGGGAAGAGAGGGUCUGUAUAUGAAGGGUACUACCUCGUGUUGAUUCUCCUCGUUGCUAAAUUCAUAGAAGUCUUGUCCACUCACCAUUACUACUUCAAUGCUCAGAAGCUUGGGAUGCUUAUCCGAAGCAGUGUCAUUCCUUCUUUGUACAAGAAGGGGUUAAUGCUAUCAUGCUCUGCUCGGCAGGAUCAUGGAGUAGGGACCAUUGUGAAUUACAUGGCUGUUGAUACCCAACAACUCUCUGAUAUGAUGAUGCAGUUACAUGCUCUGUGGUUAAUGCCACUUCAACUUGGUAUUGGCUUAUUACUGCUUUACAAUUGUUUAGGUGCCUCAGCAGUAACGGCGAUCCUUGGACUUGUUGGUGUUCUUGUGUUUGUUGUGAUUGCUACACGUAGAAACAACAGUUUCCAGUUGAAUGUGAUGAAGAACCGUGACUCGAGAAUGAAAGCCGUGAAUGAGAUGCUUAAUUACAUGCGCGUGAUCAAGUUUCAGGCUUGGGAAGAACAUUUCAACGGGAAGAUUAUGGGUUUCCGUGAGUCAGAGUUCAGUUGGCUUUCCAAGUUGAUGUUCUCAAUUUGUGGCAAUACUGUUGUGAUGUGGAGCACACCAUUAUUGAUAUCAACUCUAACGUUUGGUACGGCUAUUUUGCUGGGAGUUCCACUUGAUGCAGCUACUGUCUUCACCGCAACAACUGUGUUCAAGAUCUUGCAGGAACCUAUUAGGGCAUUCCCACAGGCUAUGAUAUCUAUUUCACAAGCAAUGAUAUCACUGGAGAGGUUAGAUAAUUUCAUGUUGAGCAGGGAAUUGUCGAAUGAUUCGGUUGAGAGAGAUGAAGGCUGUGGUGAACAAACAGCUGUGGAGAUAAAAAAUGGGACCUUUAGUUGGAAUGAUGAUGACCUGCAACAGGACUUGAAAAAUAUUAAUUUGAAGAUAAAAAAGGGAGAGCUUACAGCAAUUGUUGGUACUGUGGGGUCGGGAAAAUCAUCUCUCGUCGCAUCAAUUCUUGGUGAGAUGAGCAAAAUUUCUGGAAAGGUUCAGGUUUGUGGGAGUGUUGCUUAUGUUUCACAAACAUCUUGGAUUCAGAAUGGGACCAUUGAAGAAAACAUUCUGUUUGGUUUGCCGAUGGACAGAUAUAAGUAUAAUGAAGUUAUCAGGGUGUGUUCUUUGGAGAAAGAUUUGGAAAUGAUGGAUUAUGGGGAUCAGACAGAGAUUGGUGAGCGUGGCAUCAACCUAAGUGGAGGCCAGAAGCAGCGAAUACAACUUGCGAGGGCUAUAUAUCAAGACUGUGAUAUAUAUCUUCUUGACGAUGUCUUCAGUGCUGUUGAUGCUCACACUGGCUCUGAAAUAUUUAAGGAAUGCGUGAGGGGAGCUCUAAAAGGCAAGACUAUUAUUCUUGUAACACACCAAGUAGAUUUCCUACAUAAUGUAGAUCUUAUAUUAGUGAUGAGGGAUGGCAUGAUAGUUCAAUCAGGGAAGUACAAUGAUAUACUAGAUUCUGGAAUGGAUUUUAAAGCUCUGGUGGCUGCACAUGAGACCUCUAUGGAACUAGUAGAGCAGGGUGUGGUCCUACCCGGUGAAAAUUUGAAAAAAUCAAAGAAAUCUCUAGAGGCUGGCAUGAAAAGUAAUGGUGAAAGCAAUUCUCUUGACCAGCCCGAGCCUGGCAUGAAAAGUUCUAAACUCAUCAAAGAAGAGGAGAGAGAAACUGGCAAAGUGAGCUUACAUGAGUAUAAACUCUACUGCACUGAGGCUUUUGGAUGGUGGGGCAUUUCAGGAGUAUUGCUUUUUUCUUUGUUAUGGCAAGGGUCUAUGAUGGCAAGUGAUUAUUGGCUGGCAUAUGAAACCUCAGAAAAGCGUGCUGAAGUGUUUAACCCUUCUCAGUUUAUUUCUAUUUAUGCAAUUAUUGCCUUUGUUUCGGUCAUUUUGAUUGUGAUAAGAUCCUACUCCUUUACAUUAUUGGGGCUAAAGACAGCACAAAUUUUCUUUACACAAAUUCUUCGUAGCAUCUUGCAUGCACCUAUGUCUUUCUUUGACACGACACCAUCUGGGAGAAUUCUAAGUAGGGCAUCCACCGAUCAGGCUAAUGUUGAUGUCCUUCUCCCAUUGUACAUGGCAUUUGUUAUUGCCUUGUACAUUACACUUCUCAGCAUCUUCAUCGUCACCUGUCAAAAUUCUUGGCCAACAGCGUUCUUGAUAAUUCCUUUUGUUUGGUUGAGUAUAUGGUACCGGGGUUACUAUCUUACUUCAUCUCGUGAAUUAACUCGACUGGAUUCAAUUACCAAAGCUCCUGUUAUUCAUCACUUCUCUGAAAGCAUUGCAGGGGUCAUGACAAUCCGCGCGUUCAGAAAACAAAACAAAUUUUGUGAAGAAAAUCGCGAACGGGUGAAUGCUAAUUUGCGAAUGGAUUUCCACAACUACAGUUCCAAUGAGUGGUUGGGAUUUCGCUUAGAAUUCCUUGGAAGCUUAAUCUUGUGCAUUUCUGCAAUGUUCAUGAUCAUCUUACCUAGCAGUAUCAUAAAGCCAGAAAAUGUUGGUUUAUCUCUCUCUUAUGGGUUGUCCUUAAAUGGCGUCUUGUUCUUGGUUGUAUUCAUGAGCUGUUACGUGGAAAACAAAAUGAUAUCUGUUGAGAGGAUAAAGCAGUUUACAAAUAUUCCAUCGGAGCCAGCAUGGAAAAUUAAGGAUCGUCUGCCUCCUUUAAAUUGGCCAGGUCAAGGCAAUGUAGAUAUCAAAGACUUGCAGGUCAGAUAUCGUCCAAACACUCCUCUGGUUCUUAAAGGCAUUACUUUAAGCAUUAAUGGAGGAGAAAAGAUUGGUGUUGUUGGUCGAACUGGGAGUGGAAAAUCAACUUUAAUUCAAGUGUUCUUUAGGCUGGUGGAACCUUCAGGAGGGAAAAUAAUAGUUGAUAGUAUUGACAUAUCCGUCUUAGGUCUUCAUGAUCUUAGAUCUCGGUUUGGUAUCAUUCCUCAGGAGCCUGUCCUUUUUGAAGGAACUGUCAGAAGCAACAUUGAUCCUACUGGACAGUAUACAGAUGAAGAGAUAUGGAAGAGCUUGGAACGUUGUCAACUAAAAGAUGCUGUGGUUUCUAAGCCUGAAAAGCUUGACUCUUUAGUGGUGGAUAAUGGAGAGAACUGGAGUGUGGGGCAGAGACAGUUGCUUUGUCUGGGGCGGGUUAUGCUUAAGCGAAGCAAGCUCUUGUUUAUGGAUGAGGCAACUGCUUCUGUUGAUUCUCAAACUGAUGGUGUAAUUCAAAAGAUCAUUAGAGAGGACUUUGCAGCCUGUACCAUAAUCAGCAUUGCUCACAGAAUACCAACAGUCAUGGAUUGUGAUAGAGUUUUAGUCGUAGAUGCAGGGCAAGCGAAAGAAUUUGAUAAGCCCUCCAACUUGCUUCAAGGGACAUCUCUCUUUGGGGAAUUAGUUCAAGAGUAUGCCAACCGCUCCACCGGAAUAUAA